AUUGGGGGCUGGCCGGCAAUCUGGGUCUUGUGCCUCUGGCUCCUCAGGGCAUUCCCGGCGGCUCCGGGUUUGGCGACAAGGACGGGGGAGUGCGACUGCGUCUCGGGCAGCAUGGCCGAGAAGCGGCACACACUGGACUCCGAAGCCCAGCGGCUCCCUGACUCCUUCAAGGACAGCCCCAGUAAGGGCCUUGGACCUUGCGGAUGGAUUUUGGUGGCGUUCUCAUUCUUAUUCACAGUUAUAACUUUCCCAAUCUCAAUAUGGAUGUGCAUAAAGAUUAUAAAAGAGUAUGAAAGAGCCAUCAUCUUUAGAUUGGGUCGCAUUUUACAAGGAGGAGCCAAAGGACCUGGUUUGUUUUUUAUUCUGCCAUGCACUGACAGCUUCAUCAAAGUGGACAUGAGAACUAUUUCAUUUGAUAUUCCUCCUCAGGAGAUCCUCACAAAGGAUUCAGUGACAAUUAGCGUGGAUGGUGUGGUCUAUUACCGUGUUCAGAAUGCAACCCUGGCUGUGGCAAAUAUCACCAAUGCUGACUCAGCGACCCGUCUUUUGGCACAAACUACUCUGAGGAAUGUUCUGGGCACCAAGAACCUUUCUCAGAUCCUCUCUGACAGAGAAGAAAUUGCACACAACAUGCAGUCUACUCUGGAUGAUGCCACUGAUGCCUGGGGAAUAAAGGUGGAGCGUGUGGAAAUUAAGGAUGUGAAACUACCUGUGCAGCUCCAGAGAGCUAUGGCUGCAGAAGCAGAAGCGUCCCGUGAGGCCCGCGCCAAGGUUAUUGCAGCCGAAGGAGAAAUGAAUGCAUCCAGGGCUCUGAAAGAAGCCUCCAUCGUCAUUACUGAAUCUCCUGCAGCCCUUCAGCUCCGGUACCUGCAGACACUGACCACCAUUGCUGCUGAGAAAAAUUCAACAAUUGUCUUCCCUCUGCCCAUAGAUAUGCUGCAAGGAAUCAUAGGGGCAAAACACAGCCAUCUAGGCUAGUGUAGAGAUGAGCGCUACCCUCCCAAGCAUGAGGUGGGGGACCAAAUUAGCCUUUAACUCAUAAAGAGAGGGUAGGGCUUUUCCUUUUCCAUAUGUCAAUUGUGGUGUUCCCAGAGUGUAUAGCAGUUACAAAAAUAGGUGAAAGAAUUGUUAGCUUGUAAAUACCAAGAGAUUGGUGAUUUAUAUAAGGUAAUCUGUUAGUCUUAAAAUAGUUAAAAGUUUGUAUUUUUAGAUUAUUGUGUAGUAGGUUAGAUCCCUCUUGUUUUGACUUCCACUGACUCAUUCUGAACCCCCUAAGCACCUAGGCCAGAGGCAAGAACCUGGGCUGUAACUGCCACCUGACACCGCUGACUGGAUAAAUGCUUUGCAGAAAGUGAUGACCUUACACCACAACCAGCUUCUCUAGGUCAUAUGUGCCUUACCUCCAGAGAGUCUUUUUUUUUUUUUUUUUUUUUGAGAUGGAGUUUCACUCUCGUUGCCCAGGCUGGAGUGCAGUGGCAUGAUCUCGGCUCACUGCAACCUCCACCUCUCGGGUUCAAGAGAUUCUCCUGCCUCAGCCUCCCCAUAGCUGGGAUUACAGGCUCAUGACACCAUGCCCAGC